AGGGUACUAUUACCUCUCCUACUCUUGGGGACAAAUGCAGCGCCACAGGAUACCGACAUAACAUAUGUUAAGAUGCUACCAGUCGCACAUGGACCCGCUGAUAUCAAGACUACAAGGGCCAGAAUUGAGAACUUACCUUUAAUUAUCCCAGGCAAUGUUAGUAGACCUAUUAAAAAUUUACAUGCAUCAGACAGCGAACAGGAUGAAGUGAUCCGUCUUAUAAGGAGUGACGUCACUACACAAAGUUAUGAAACCGAGACAACGGAACCUCCUGACUCAGCGACGGAAAGAGAUGAGUCUUUAGAACUAGCACAGGAGACAAUUGACUACGAAUCGAGAACUAAAGCCCCAACACCAAGGUUUUUAUCCAAACUAAGUUAUUUCCAAAAACCAGAUGAUGCGAAAAGUUCUAUAGCGACAAAUUUAGUAGAAAGACCUGGGAGGAGACGGUUUAGGUCGAAAUGCAGAUGCGAGAAGAUCUGGAACUGUCCGAAAUUACAAAUCACCGUGCCGCGAUGUCCGAAUGAGUACUUUUUGUGCUGUUUUUAAAACUAUCUAAGGAAAUUGCGAGUUUUCAGAGGUUGUCUAAUCUUCACGAAUAUUUUUUAGUAAAAUUAGUAUUUUAUUAUUCACGACAUGCUCACGACUGAGUCGACUCUGAAAACUAACCAAGAUUGACGAAGAGGCCACAUCGCAAGCGAAGCUAUAUAAGCUAAUUUGGCUUAGCUCACGUAGCGGCAUGUUUUCAUACAUCUGUUCACACUGCGAACUAAGCUAACCGAGCUAGCUGAACUAUGUGAGCUAAUUACUCAAAGGUCCCGCUAAGCUAAGUAAACAUUGUCGCCCUUACCUCGUGCGGGGGAAGACUAGCGUCGAGUGACGGCACUUCACUACGGCCCCGUGUUAUCUUAACUUGGCUUUGCAUGCAACUACGUGAGCUAAGUUAAACUCAGUUAGCUUAGCUGGCAUAGUUUGUUGCAUGCAGCUAUGUGAGCUAAACUAGCUUAGAUAGCUUCGCUCGCGGUGUGGCCUCUCGUUUAGAUUAUUGUGACAGCUCGAUCUGUCCAUUGGUGUAGCUAGAGAGUUAAGCGAAUGGUGAUAUGGUGGUAAUUUGGCCACCAAUCUCAACUAGGACUCUUCCAGAAUAGAACCUCUGGUUAUGUUUGUGGUAACAUUAUUUAUGCCUUAAGCACCCCACCGAACAGGUUAUUACAUUCCGACGAAUUUACGUAGAAUUAUGCAUUUAAUAUUCGAUUGUUAGCAACAUUUAUGUAGGUAUAUUGUUUACGAUUUUGUUUUGAAUUUUACUUUUUCAAUACAGUUGCUCCAGUAGUUGUAAUUUCUACAACAGUGAGGUUUGUGGAAAUUGGUACAGUUUAUAAAUUAUAUUUAAAAGUUUAAGUGGCCUUUCUUUACGGUUGUAAAAAAUAUGAAUAUCCUAAUUAUAAAGAAAAAUU